AUGGCCGCUGAAUUCGCUCUCCCAGCGAUUCCUGCUAAGCAUUCUCAAUUCCUCGAUUAUGUGCGGUCCCAUCCGGAAAAGCCCAUCGUUGACCUUGUUCAGCCAUACAAUGAGUUUGACGCUGUUCUUCGAAAGAUAUAUGCCCAGCAGCCAUCAAAGUUAGCCGUUGCUGAUGACUUCGUCAAUGUUGUGCCAGUCUUUGAUGACAGUGGUUCGGCAGAUAUCCGGGUUCGAGCUCGCGAUAUCUCUUCCGAAUCAAACGAAGUCAAAGAAAGGUAUUUGCUGACCCUGAAAGACGAAGAUCGCAGGCCCAAUGGUUCUCCGGCUGUUGUGACGAGUUUCAAAGAAUACCAGCAGAACUUCAACAUCUUCUGUGAAAGCUCAUUGAGCGAUAUGGAUUGGAGCAAUGUGGUUGCUGCGGGAAGUGCUGUAGCCACCUCUCUAUUACCGGUUCCAAAGGAACAUGCAAACUCAAAACGCGGCCUUCGCCAUUUCUACCACGAACAAUUUGCGCCCGCAUCUGAUGUCGAUCUGUUCCUCUAUGGAUUAACGGAAGAACAAGCCAUUGAAAAAAUAAAACAGAUUGAAACUAAGAUUAAGGACUCUAUUCUGGCCGAAACUACGACAGUUAGAACCAAGAAUGCUAUUACCAUCGCGUCACAGUACCCGACGCGCCACGUUCAGAUCGUCCUACGAAUUUACAAGUCCAUUGCCGAGAUUCUAACAGGAUUCGAUGUUGAUUGCUCCUGUGUUGCCUAUGAUGGUAACCAAGUAUACAUGGCGCCUCGUGGUAUUGGUGCCUACAUCACCCAAGUCAACCAGAUUGAUCUAUCCCGGCGCUCACCCUCAUACGAAAAUCGUCUUUCCAAGUAUUCUCAUAGGGGAUUCGAGGUCUUCUGGCCUCAUUUGGAUCGUUCCCGCAUUGACCCGACUGUGUAUGAGCGCAGCUUCACCCGGACCAUGGGCCUUGCACGUCUCCUGGUCCUGGAAAAGCUCCCCAAAGUCGCGGAUCGAGAAGAAUACUUGAUUAAAAGACGAACUGAGCGUGGCCGGCCAACUCCAAAUCCAUAUUUCAGGGGCGCUGGAAAAUUGCGCGGCAACAUCAAGAAUGACUGGGACGACGAAGUUCCCGAUUGGCUGGAGGGGGACGAAGUGUCAGAUUACCACACCUUUACUGUCCCAUAUGGUGAAAAGUUCCAUGCCCGAAAGAUUGAAAAACUGCUUUAUACCAAAGAUUUGCUCCUAAACGCCGAAUGGAACAAACCAAAAGAUAGAACAGUCAACCUACACCGCCAUCCGGCAUUUUUCGGACGUUUUUCGGACGUUAUCCAUGAUUGCUGCGGUUAUUGUCCUGAAGCGACUACCGCGGAAGAUAACGAGGUCGCGGAGGUUGAGGAUAAGAUAUAUGUCAAGGGGGACAUUACUUUUCUCAAGGACAAUCCAGGGCGCCAGGAGAUUGGUAGCUUUAAUCCCAUUACUGAGACCGACUGGACUGACAUGGCAUACGUCGGAAACACAGAAGGUCUUUGCCAAGCUAUUGUUGACCAUGAUGCUGAGGAAGUGAAAGAAUGGUUGUCUCAAGAUGGUUCUGAUCCAAAUCGCCGUGAUUACACAGGGCGUACUCCGCUGCAUUUAGCGACCAUGACGUCUACCCCAGAGAUCGUUCAAUAUCUGGUUGAUCACGGAGCUCGACUAAUCUCUCGUCUCACUGAUGGAAGAACUGCUCUCCAUCUAGCUGCAGCGAGAGGAGAUGUUGAUAUCAUAAGGAUCCUCCUUAACAAAAGUGAGGAGAAUGAAGAGGAAGAGGCACAAAAGCGGCUUGUCCUCAAAAAAACCAAUUCUAAUGAGAUAAAACGCGAGAACGAUAAUGAUUCUGACGAUGCCGAUAUGCUUAGCAAUUCUUCUUCUGAAAGCCUUGGUGGAGAUAACACCUCAUAUGCGACCGGCUCGUUUGUUAAUGUGAAGAAAGGGUCUGAAGAUUCAAAGGAUGGCGUUAUUCCGGAUGAUGGAAACGAAUUGGAGCCUAACAUUUAUGAUGUUAAUGUUCUAGCCUGGGACAACCACACAUCGCCGUUACACCUGGCUAUCAUCAAUGGCCAUAUCGCUGCUGUCGAAGAGCUUGUUUCGUCUUUCGGUGCAGACGUGCUUCUACCUAUCAAAUUACUAAACGAUCAUGAUCAAUCUCCACGAGCUGCCAUUCUUACAUUGGUUUUAGCUCUUCGUUUGCCAAUUGAGCAGGCCAAGUUGAUGACGGCUAAGCUUCUACAACUGGGUGCUUCUCCUGCCCAGGCAGACUUGAGCCAAAACACGGCCUUGCUUUAUUUCUCAGCAUUCAAAGAAUAUAUAGAUGGUCUGGACAUCUUCCUUCAACAUGACCAACCUUCGGUUCAAAGAGCACUUGACUUUAUCUCUCUUACCGGUUAUGCCGGCAGUGUUAAAUCCCCCUUGAAGACUGCAAUCCAGCAGAGAAAUGUUGUUGGUGCUCUCAAACUUCUGGAAGCGGGUGCCAAACCGGAGAUCAGAUACGAAGAUUAUAUCAAACAAGCUAAGAUAACGGCGCCAAAUGUUCUGAAUAGGUCGCCAGAAAGCAACCAGAACAAUUUCUCAACCAAUGUUGAGCAGCCCAUUAUAGUCGCCGCUCAGACUCAACAACCGAGUGUCGCUAUUGAACUAUUGGCCUCCGGGGUAGAUGUCAACACCCUUAGUACAGCUGGAUACUCCUCUCUAAUCUAUGAUCAUUGGAAUGGAAACGGCACGACACUGUUGGAUUGCGUCCAGGAGAGGUUAACACAUUUACGCCGAUACAAAGGGGAAACGGUUGAAAGAAACCCACCCAUCUCCUUACAUCCGGAAGAUAGCACGUAUUUGAAAGAAUUUUCCGAGGGUACAUAUCAGAUGUGGACUGGGUCGAGAUCUUUGAGAGCAGAACGAGCCAAAGACAAGGCCACGAAAGAAGAUUUUGAACGGCAGCUGAAAGCCGCAGAAAGCCGAAAAGGCCUGCAGGAAAAAAUGGAUGUGGUGAAUGAUCUGGCUGAUGAAUAUCAGACCCUCGAGACAAUGUUAAUGGAAAAGGGUGCCAAGAAGUUUGUGGAGUUAUACCCACAGAAAAUCAAACUUCCUCAAAUACCAACUUCUUACAAUCAUCAACCGACCAAGCCCCAACCUUUCAAAGUCAGUUUUACGUUUAAAACCCCAGAUCUAACGGAAACGAAAAAAGAUGGAUACGUUCAAUUGUUUGAGGCAGCCUGGAAUGGAGAUCUUAAUACCAUAAAAUCGAUGACACUCGAUAUGUGGGGGCCAGAAAAGCAGUUCUUUCCUCUUGAAAUUUGCGUCACAGACAGAGACGACCUCUCUCCAUUCAACAUCGCAAUCCUGCGAGGACAUAUUGGUCUUGCAGGGUCAAUUAUGUCCAUAUCCAAAGCACAAUACAAACCCAAGGAAGAAGAAACCGAGGAAAGGUUUACUCUUGAUACCGGGUCCGAUUACGAUUCGGAUUCGGACUCAGGUGGAGAUGACAGCUCGAAUGAAAUUCGGGUUAGACGUCAUAUAAUUGACGACCGGUUUACGAUUGAAAAUGUCGGCGAAAUAAAGACUCAAGUUGAAAGCAAGGUCCCACCACUGAAUAUUUUAAAUCAAACAUGCCCGGCGCACGCAUUCAUCGAGAAGGAAAAACUUCAAGGGGAGCAUCCCCAAGGUGUUGUCGAGUAUGCUAUCUGCAAAGAUGAUCCAAAACUUCUCAAAUUUCUUCUAGAACUUGGCAAGCAACUAUCCGCCAACUCCUCUCAUGAUACCGAUCAUUCCAUAUAUUCUAUUCCGGAGAAAACAUUUCUGAUGGCCAUGAGACUUAGCCGUCUUGACUGUUUGAAAGAGCUCAUCAGGCGUGUUGGGACAGGUAUCCCUCUCGACAAGUUGGUGGAGAGAAGUGGUGUUGUUGCCAAAGAGAAACCAAUUUACUACCAAGGUCUAUCUGUACAUGGCGAGAAACGUGCAGACUGGGCGGCAGAGAGCAGAGGCGUUGUUAUUACCCAACCACAAGACAGACACCCACCUCUUCUGUUGGCUGCAUAUCAGGGGAAUCUCGAAACAGUUGAAUGGUUCCUUGGGACUGCUCCUGGUCGACAUUAUGAAGAGUUUGUUCAAACUAACAAACAUGAAAAACGAGUGGAGAAGUUGGCGCAGACAGCGGGUGGUGUUGUACAUUCCAUCACAAACUGGUUUACCUCGAGGCGUGAUCUCGUCCUUCAUUGCGCUAUCAUGUCCAAUCCAACGGAUGAAUCCAUACGACUGGUCAGAUACCUAGUAGGGCAAAUGCCUCACUGCAUAUCUGUGAAAUCUGUGCAGGGAUACACCCCAUUAGCACUCGCGUUCUAUUUACAUCGCGUUGAAUUUGCAAAAAUUCUGAUUCAAGCGGGCGCCGAUCAAACUACUCGAGACCAACAUGGCCGCAAUCUGCUACAUCUUUUGUUCUUCAAGACUCCGGAAUCUCUAAAACAUGUGGAAAAUUUUCAACAAAUGCUCGACCUUGUGGACCCAUUGCUGGUUCCAUCCAUGCUUGUGGAGCGCUCCUCUCUCCAUCCAGGCUCGGUAACUCCUUUCUCACAAUGGAUAAAUUCCCAGUGGUUGAGGAAUUUUUCUUCGCGGUAUCAUCAUGUCAAUGAAGAACCAAAGGCUAAACUUGCCAUUGUUCGAAAGAUCUUGGACUUUGCUCAGGGAACCGGCCAAAAACACUUGGAAGCUCUAAAUGGUGCCGGAAACUCCGUCGUUCAUGAUGCAGUUAGGUUUCAAGUGCCAAAGACACUUGGGCUAAUCCUCGAGUAUCGGCCGGAUUUAAUUCACCUUGAAAACGCAACUGGCGCUACGCCAAAGGAGAUUGCAGAGACUGCAUGGGUUCACGAUGUUACCAAAGAUCCACCAAGUCUCGAUACCAACCGCUAUAAAUAUAACUACCAUUCGCGACCUCAGUGCGUCGUUUGUCGGUCACCCGAAAGUUUUGUCGAGGAGAAUUUGGAAGCCAAAGAUGAGAAGCUACCUAGUCAAGGCGUGUACGAAGUCUGCCGCGAUUGGGCUUGCAAGGAACGAACAAGCAAAAAGAGAAAACUUGUCACGCUGUUCGACGCGAAUGAAGUCGCGAAGAGGCUUGCAGCUCAAAACACGUGGAAAACAAACUGGGAUGGUGGCAGAGGGCUACAAAACGCCACAGAUAAGGAGAUGGACGAAGUGUUAGCGUGGUUAAACUCUACUCGCGUAGACUAA